GUGCAUCCUGUUUUAUUAAAAAAAAAUUCCAGGCGAAAAUGGCUGCCUCUCUCAUCUAAACCUCUGCUGAAAGGAUUAAAUGAGCAUGAAAUAGGCAUCCGAAAUCGCAGUCCUUCUUCAAGACGAUACUCAUGUACGCCAAGGCGUAGUUUGUGAAAAGUCCUCACAAAGAUGUUGUGGCUGCCAGGGGAGGAAAAGGUAUGCGAUCCGAAAUUAACCCUUUCCAUCUAACAACCACCAACAAAAAAGAAAAUGAUGCAUCAAGUGACCAGCAGCAACAGUGACUUUUGUAUGAGUGAACUGGCAGAAGACUGUCAUCCAGCCAGCCACUUUGAUUUAUGUAGCACCCAAUCCAACAAAUUCUACCCCUCUCCGACAACCCCUGGCCUGCAGCUGUCCCUUGCCAGCCUAGCCCCUUUGCCACAGGGCAUGCACAAGGCCAUGGUUUGUCAAAUGCAAGACACCCAGAAUGACUUCCAGCCUCAGACAGUGAGAAUCAGGGGCAGUGAGGCUGCAGGGCCCGAUGGCUCUAAGAAGAAGAAGGGCACAGCGAAGUCGGGGCGGAGAGGGAGGCCAUCAGGGACCACAAAGUCAGCUGGUUACCGUACAAGUACUGGGCGUCCACUUGGGACAACUAGAGCAGCUGGAUUCAAAACCAGCCCAGGGAGGCCCCUUGGUACCACCAAAGCAGCAGGAUAUAAGGUCAGCCCUGGCAGGCCCCCCGGCAGCAUCAAGAGUCUAGCUCGGCUCAAGAAGCUGGAGUUUGGUUGUGACAGUGCCAAGAAAAUUGACUUUAGCAACUGUAGUGUUCCCAAGAAACUAGACUUCACUGGCUGUGAUGUUCCACCUUUUCCAUACACCAUGAUGGAGAAAAGACCCCUCUGUGAGCCCAGUGCCAAGGUGGAUGAAAGCAGCCAAUAGUUUUGCAGCUUUCUCUCCAGUGCUUGAAAAACAUUUCAGUGCAUGAGCAAGAAGAUGCUUAGGAAAACAUUUCUCCCAAAUUGUCAGGAUGGGGUGGGGGGAGAACUUUUUGCCAUUUAGAAAUGGCUCUGAUUGUUUGUACAGUGUUUGACAUUGUCUUCAUCCUCUCAUAAUAAAUGACUGAAUUAGUAGUAUGUUAUUCCAGUUUGGCAGACAUGCAUGCAUGAAUUUAUCACACCAAUCAGUAUAAGCAAAAAUGUAUUCAUCAGUUUGUUGUCAAACCUCACUAGAGAGUGAACCUUUUUUUCCCUCAAGCAUUUCGUUCCUGAUGUGUGACUUGUUUUCUUUUUUCUGCUUUAACAUUUCUAUGGCCGGGUUCUUGUGACAUUUUCUACAUUUAUAAAAAAUUCCCUUUUAGUACAAACAGCAAAUCAAAUUUGUGCUAAGCAUAAUUAUGUGGAUGUAUAGUUGUCCUUUCUGUGUUGUCCAGUUCAAUAUGUGUUUUAUUUUGUGAUAUCCUGCAUCAUACCUAAAACGGGGAACACUGCGAUUCUUUUUUAAUUAGCUUGAACUGAUAAAACUCAAUACAUAAUAUCCUUUUGAACACGGUAUUUGUUAUUUCUGCACUUUGUGAAUAUAGUUUUGAUUAUGUAUUGUAACAGCCUGUUUUUGUCCCCAAAUUCACUUGAUAAACAGAUUGACAUGUAUGUUACGCUGUUUAUUAUGGAGAAAAAAAAAUACAUAAUGAAACCGUAAAAAUGCUUUGUGGUAUAUGUAAUAAAUGCUAAUGUGCUGUAUGUGAAACCAAAAUAAAACAAAGAAAUUGUCUUUUCCACGC